GUGGGGGGGGGGGUGAUGGGGACGAAGAGGUGGCUGAUACCGGCGCCGGCGUACCAGGAGGUGGGACGAGCUGGCGGCGGAGGACGACGCGCCGGGCCGCGGUGCGCGCACUCGCUCACCGUCGCCGCCACCAAGUCCCACGGCCGCCUCAUCCUCUUCGCGGCGCCACCCCUCGACGACGGUAGCCCCUCCGGCAUCCCCGAAUUCAUUACUUCUCGGCUCGCGGGAGUGACGAACUGGGUCCACUCGUAUGACGUGCAAUCGAAGAAAUGGACCAGGAUACACCCAGUAGGAGAGGCUCCUUCACCUAGGGCUGCUCAUGCAGCAGCUGCGGUGGGCACCAUGGUUGUCUUUCAGGGUGGGAUUGGUCCAGCAGGGCACUCGACAGAUGAUCUCUAUGUGCUUGACCUGACCAAUGAAAAAUAUAAGUGGCAUAGGGUGGUGGUUCAAGGGCCUGGACCUGGCCCUCGCUAUGGCCAUGCAAUGGACUUGGUCGCUCAGCGUUACCUCGUGUCGGUCAGUGGCAAUGAUGGAAAGAGGGCUUUAUCUGAUGCUUGGGCAUUGGACACGGCACAAAAGCCAUAUAGAUGGCAGAAACUUAACCCUGAAGGCGACAGACCUUCAGCUAGAAUGUAUGCUACUGCUAGUGCACGUUCAGAUGGCAUGCUUUUACUUUGUGGUGGAAGAGACACUUCUGGAAUGCCACUAUCAGAUGCUUAUGGCCUCCUAAUGCAUACAAAUGGCCAAUGGGAGUGGACUCUUGCUCCUGGAGUCUCACCAUCGCCACGGUAUCAGCAUGCUGCAGUUUUUGUCGGUGCUCGAUUACAUGUUACUGGAGGUGUUCUUAGGGGUGGACGCACUAUUGAAAGUGAAGGUGCAAUUGCAGUUCUGGACACUGCUGCUGGGGUGUGGUUGGAUAGAAAUGGUAGUGUUACCUCCUCUCGUUCUCACAAGUCUUCAAGUGAGCAUGAUCCAUGUUUGGAGCUUCUUCGUCGUUGUCGCCAUGCAUCUGCCUCUGUCAGCUCGCAGAUAUACAUAUAUGGCGGUCUCCGAGGAGAUAUACUACUUGGAGAUCUGCUUGUUGCAGAGAAUUUACCUCUUGAAUCAGAUAUUAGUUCAUCUAUGUACAACAUUGAUAAAGUUCCAUCUGCGAUCAAUGACAAGGAUAGUCGAGGUGUUAAUUCUGCUUCUCCAUCAGUUCAACAUUCUGGAGAAAGAAGAUCAGGGACGGCAUCUUCUGCUAGUUUGAGUUCGGAUCAACAAUCUAUUGACAUGCUGACUCGGGCCUCUGCUGCCGAAGCUGAAGCUGUUAGUGCUGUUUGGAGAGCUGCAAGGGAAGCGUCUACAGGUUCCACAGAAGAAAGCCUUUCAGAUGAAAAAGAAUCUGAGUCUCAAUUAAAUGAUAAUUUACCGCUCUCUGAUGACUCAGAUGCUACUGAUUCCCUUGAACCAGGUGUUCGUUUGCACCCUCGAGCGGUAGUGGUUGCAAAAGAAGCUGUUGGAAACUUGGGAGGAUUGGUUCGUCAGCUUUCAUUGGAUCAGUUUGAGAAUGAGAGUAGAAGAAUGCAUCCUUCAAAUGGAGAUCAGGCAUAUCCACCCAAGAAGUUCUUAAAUAGACAGAGAUCUCCUCAAGGUUUGCAUAAGAAGGUUAUUUCUUUCCUUCUCAAGCCAAGGAACUGGAAAGCUCCUGCUAAUAGGAGUUUUUUCCUUGAUUCAUAUGAAGUUGGCGAGCUCUGCCAUGCUGCUGAGCAGAUAUUUAUGCAUGAGCCGACUGUUUUGCAAUUGAAAGCUCCGGUUAAGGUAUUUGGUGAUCUUCAUGGGCAGUUUGGGGACCUAAUGCGUUUGUUUGAUGAGUAUGGUUUUCCCUCAACAGCUGGAGACAUAACGUAUAUAGAUUAUCUAUUUUUGGGCGACUAUGUUGACCGAGGGCAACACAGCUUAGAAACUAUCGCUUUGCUCCUUGCUCUUAAAAUAGAGUAUCCUGAGAAUAUUCACUUGAUAAGAGGAAACCAUGAGGCUGCUGACAUUAACGCUCUUUUUGGUUUUCGCCUUGAAUGCAUUGAGAGAAUGGGAGAAAGUGAUGGAAUAUGGGCAUGGACUCGUUUUAAUCAACUUUUCAAUUAUCUUCCCCUUGCGGCUCUAAUAGAGAAGAAAAUUAUUUGUAUGCAUGGUGGCAUUGGGAGAUCCAUAAAUUCUGUCGAGCAGAUUGAGAAACUUGAGAGGCCCAUCACAAUGGAUGUUGGAUCUAUAAUCCUAAUGGACCUAUUGUGGUCUGAUCCUACAGAGAAUGAUAGCAUAGAAGGCUUAAGACCAAAUGCGAGGGGACCUGGCUUAGUCACUUUUGGGCCUGACCGUGUCACUGAUUUCUGUAAAAGAAACAAGCUUCAGCUCAUCAUAAGGGCUCAUGAAUGUGUUAUGGAUGGGUUUGAACGGUUCGCUCAUGGCCAGCUGAUAACUUUAUUUUCAGCUACUAAUUAUUGCGGUACUGCAAACAAUGCUGGCGCAAUUUUAGUGGUGGGUAGAGGGUUGGUUGUGGUUCCAAAGUUGAUCCAUCCACUUCCGCCACCUAUUCAAUCACCAGAGUCCUCGCCGGAGCACGUCUUGGAAGAUACUUGGAUGCAGGAGCUUAACAUUCAGAGGCCUCCUACUCCAACUAGAGGCAGGCCGCAAUCUGCGAACGAUCGGAGUUCUCUUGCUUAUAUAUGACCAUGACGUACGGCAAUUUUCUGUUGUAUUUUCUCCACCAGAACCUGUCUGGUUUUGUGCUCCUAUGGUACAUAACAUAUAUCUCGGCAUUCGUCUAGUGGUUAAAGUGCCUGAUUCAGCAUCGGCUUAAGUGCUUCUUGUGAUGAGAGGUAUUCAUCAAGGCAAUAUAUUAGAUAGAUCAUUUGUAACUCUAGUGUACAUGAUUAAGUUAUAAGAACUUCUUGUAACAUAUGUAAAAUCCGAGGCGCACAGCUAUAUGUGAAUCGCUUGUUGUACAUGGCAAAACAGCUGAGAUUUAUCUGGUUUUUAUUUAAAGAGAUUAGGUAAUAAAGUUCGUCUUUGCAACUUUAUACA